AUGAAACGGCGUCGAAGCCGACAUGCCUCAUUGUCAGGUGGCGAAGGCACUGUGUGUGUCCCAAUGAUUGCUGGCCUGACCGAGCAGCAGGUUCAAGGUCUGCGGGAAGUCUUUAGCCUCUUUGAUCCAGAAGGGUCAGGGAGAGUACGACCUGAAGAAAUUCGAUCAGCAGCUACCAGUUCUGGUUUGGAGAAAGAGUUUCCAGAGGUUUGGCAGUUCAUGACAGCGUUGGACGGCCACGACAGUGUGGACUUUCAGGAGAUCCAGCUUGGUGAGUCAGGGUUCAGCUGCGCUGUGCGAUACCAGGGAAAAAUGGGGAUUCUUGAGAUCCAUUGA